AUGUCGUUGAACGCUGUCCUCUCGCCAGCACUGAGAGAAAUCCGUCUACUCUUUUGUCAAACUGGAACAGCUUCUGCUGGUACAAGAGCAAAUGCGCUAAAACGAGACUGGUUGAGCAGGCACUUUGUUCUUUCCGCAUAUCCACUCAUCAAGAAGAAUAAUCCUGAUCUCCCUGUGCUCAUUCGAGAAGCCCAAGGAACGCCAGCUCGUGCCUUUGCCCGCUUUGAACGAGGAGUAGAGCGUCACGUCGAGCUUGAAGGUCUCUCUGCAGAACAAGUCGAGCAAAAGGUUACCGACCUGCUCACGAAACCACCUUCGUAG